UGUUUCCCCGGGAAAUUUUAUUGUUUCGUAUUUGUUUCUAAGUUUCGAGAAAUUAUGGUGUUUUAGUCUUAAUUUAGCUGGUUUUGCGUUCUGGGUCUUCUAUAUUUUGCUUGAAGGAUUAAACUUUGAAUGGUAAAGAUCAAAACUGUUUCUUCAUAGUUGAUCAAAACAGAGCGGGCCUUAGUUUUCUCGAGGAAAAAAAGAAAGAAAGAGAGAAAGAAAAAGGUGUUGAGUUGAAUCCCAUUUUUUGUUUUAGUUUUUCGUUUCCUUAAUUUUUGCUGAGAAAAGGGUAAUUAACAAAUCCAACAGUGAACGAAAAAUAGUUGAUCUAAAAAAGCGUUUUCAACUAAAAAAAAAACAAGAAUCUUUCCACUUCCCCCCUUAAAUUUUGCUGUCCAAAGGUCAAUAAUCUCGCUCUUUGCUCUCUUCAUUUACCCUUUGAUUUCUUCUACUGUUCAUCAUCGUGAAGUUUAGAAGGGGGAAAAAGCACAACUUUCUCUUUCUUUGUUUUCUUGUCUAUCUUUUGUUUCCCAAGAAAAAUCAUGAAUUUCGACACAGCUUCAAAGCAAUCUAAUAUCGACCGCUUCCUUCAAUGCACGACACCCACUGUCAGAUCCCAGUUCCUUCCAAAGAUUGAGAUCGCGAACCUGAAUCGAUUAUGGCAUCCGUCGGAGACGGAAAAGAUCGAAUAUUUCACAUUGAAUGAUCUCUGGGAUUGUUACAAUGAAUGGAGUGCUUACGGUGCCGGCGUUCCUAUCACCUUAGACGAUAACGAAACCUUAGUCCAAUACUAUGUUCCUUACCUGUCAGCAAUUCAAAUAUUCACCAGCAACUUAAGGGAUGAGAUUGAAUCUGGUGAUGGGGAGAGAUCGUCGGACUAUUUUAGUGAUUCGUGCAGUACCGUUGAGAGCGAGAGCGAUAAGUUGUGGCGGUCGGACGGAUGUUGCUCCUCCGAGGACGGUGGAUCCUCUGAACAAGACAGCGUUUUGCAUUUUAAUAAUCGUUUGGGGUACCUUUACUUUCAGUAUUUUGAGACAUCAACGCCUUACGAAAGAGUUCCACUCAUGGAUAAGAUUAGUGGAUUUUCUAGAAGAUACCCUGGUUUGAUGUCGUUGAGGAGUGUCGACCUUUCUCCGGCUAGUUGGAUGGCAGUUUCUUGGUAUCCAAUCUAUCAUAUCCCAAUGGGAAGGACCAUAAAGGACUUGUCCACAUGCUUCCUUUCUUACCACACGCUAUCGUCAUCUUUCCAAGAAACGGAUGUUGAAGCCGAUGUCGAGAGAGUCGAAAAGAACCGAAAGGGAGGUGAGGGAAUCUCUCUUCCACCCUUUGGUUUGGCAACUUACAAGAUGCAAGGCAAUGUGUGGCUCUCACCGGCUGGAUGCGAAGGGGACCAAGAGAGGUUGUUGUCACUUUUGAGCGUUGCAGAUUCGUGGCUGAAGCAACUGAGCGUCCAACACAAUGACUUCGACUACUUCUCGGGUAUUCGACGUGGCUAAAAGCUCCCAUGGUGAUGCAUUUAGCACUUGUUAUAAAAAAAUGGGUGAGAUUUGAGAGACGAGGUGAGGCUCUUUAGCUUUUGAACACUCUUUUUAUGGAUUGUAUGAUAUGCUUUCUUUAACCAUAGUGGUAAGGUAUGAUAGUUAUCACAAUUUUCUCAUAGCAAAUACAAAUUCUUUACGGUAAAAUAC